AUGAGUUUUCGCGAUUUUCAGAUAUGUGAGCAGCCUGUUGGUGCUCAGGCCGAUAUAUUCAUUGCAUCACUUGGAGACAGGAACAGAUGCACACUGAAGAAAUUUCUCGAAAAUUCUCCCCGACAGGAAAACCAUUAUUUCAUGUGGAUAAAAGAUCAUAAAGCAGACAAGUUCACUGUGAUCUCCAUCAAAACACUGGAAAAUCAUCUCAAAUCUUCACAACGGGUACGUCGCGUAAAAUGGCGGCAAAUGUCGACAGAGCGAAUGUCCAUCUAUCGAUACAGCUUACCGGCGAUCACAUACGAAAAGUCUAAACGCAUGUGUGAAUGCGUGAUGCGACGCAAAAAGAUGUGGAUGAUAGCCACAUGGCUCACCUUUAUUUUGCUACUUUGCGUGAUUGUCGUCGUGGGCUCGUUGAGUCCCGAAGAACGAAUACAUCCAUAUCUUCACUAUAAUGCCUCGGCAACACAAAUUGCUUUGCACAAUCUUCGAAAUAUGAGCAUUGGCUGA